AUGAAGACUAUGAAGUCUCGUCGUCCCGCCGGCGCGGGUGGUGGCGGUGGUAUUCGCAAGCGGGGGCCAACUCGCACCGAUCGUGACGGAGACAUGGAAAUGGAUCAAAGCGGUGCACGAGGAGGGAAAAGAGGAAGAGGUGGUUCCGGAAGACCUACCGCGGGUCGCGCCAAUCCUGGAGGCCGAACACAAACACGCGACAACAGGAAUCUGGAUGCGAUUCAGCGUGCCAUUUCCGACAACAAGGCACCACAAGCCAACGUUCGCUCCGGCAGGCAAACGAACUCCAACGGAAAUAAAUUGGACCAGUUCGGUAUUACCGGUUGGAGGAAUAGCAAGGUCUCAACCAACAAGGACGGCGGAAUCGAAAAUCUUACGGCAUUUCUUGAACGACGAAUGAACGUACACGUGAAAUCAGGACCCCGCGCAAAGAUUAGCAAGUCGCGGGUUGAAGGAGACACACUUGUUGUAUCAGUACGAUCAGAAUUGGCAGAUAUCAUGACUCGCAUCAAUGGCAAUACCUUUGCAGGUACUAAGAUCUCUGUUGAACCAUAUGACCCAUCUUCGAGCGCAGCUCUUGAUCGCGAACUUGGCACCACCAGCGGACCUUCCGCCUCAACCGCCGAUACCAAAACCAAGAUGACUGCCAUCCUCGCCAAGCGCUACUACCCAGAGACCAAACUUCUUGAUCUGUCGAAACUUGGUACCGAUCCCGACCUACAAGCUAUGGGCAUCUUCAACAGCACUUCAACCGAAUCGAAGUUUUUCCCUGCUUUGAUGAAGGUGUGGGAGAUGGGAUUCACAGACUCGACACAAAGACGUGAAGCUGUGCAAAGUGUCAGCUUGGCCAACAAUCAACUCGCCAAUAUUACUGUUGUGACUACUUUAGCUCAAACUGUUCCCGGCUUGAAGAAUUUAGACUUGUCAAACAACAACUUCAAAGACGCCCACUCCAUCAUUGGAUGGAGGUGGAAGUUCCGAGACCUGGAAUUCUUAGAUUUGACAGGAAGCCCUUUUUCCGCAGAUGAAAAUUUCAAAAAUACCAUGAUGAAAUGGUAUCCAAAGCUGCAAACCCUAAACAAUGUCCAAGUCCGUACCCCAGAAGAAGUCGCAGCUCAAAAGAAGACACCCAUUCCUGUUCAACCACCACACUUCCAAGACGAUUCUCAAAUCGGGGAAAACUUCAUUCGUGCCUUCUUCCCCGGCUACGAUAACGAUCGUACACAACUCCUAAACAGCGUCUAUGACGAACACUCGAAAUUCACAAUCGACAUUAACACAUCCGCUCCUAAAUCCGCCGAUGCCGAAACUCCCUCCUGGGAUCCCUACAUCAAGAGGAGUCGCAAUCUCCAGAAAAUCAGCCACCUCCCCGCACGUAUGUCACGAGAAUACGUCGGAAAGGAGAAAAUCGGCGAAGUCUGGAGUUCUUUCCCCGCCACUCGCCAUCCCGACAUGCUCGUCCACCCGGAAGAGUACCUCAUCGAGUGCCACCCUCUGCCUGGACUUCCAGACCUAGGCGGCUUAAGCGAGUUCGGCGUCGGUGGACUUAUAGUCAUGACUCAUGGAAAGUUCGAAGAAAGCGUCGGGGGUAAAGUAGAGACGCGCAGCUUUGAUCGAACCUUUGUUAUCGGGCCUGGCGGUGGUCUGGGUGGUAUCCGUGUUCUGAACGAUACACUCUGUCUUCGCGCAUAUGGUGGUCAUGAAGCUUGGAGUCCUGAGAACCAAGCUAUUCCACAGGCUGUUGCUCCUAUUCCUGCUGCGAUUGCUCCUCCUGCUGUAGUUGCUCCUCCUGCUGUAGUUGCACCGAUGCCCUCAGCUCCGGUUCCUGGUCAACCUGGUAUUCCGGUCGGAUAUGGUACUCCUGCACCUGGAAAGACGGAUGCGCAAGUUCAGCAAGAGCAGAUGGUUGCCCAGUUAAGUGCAAAGUCAAAUAUGACUCUUCAGUAUUCUGAAAUGGCUCUAUCGAGUAAUGGAUGGAACCUCGAAGCCGCGUGGUCGAAUUUUGAGCAGUUGAAGGCGCAGGGUGCCCUCCCACCCGAUGCUUUCCUUUCCGCGCCUUGA